AUGAGAAGAGAAAGAGAGAGGGAUGAAGAAAAGGAAAGAGAGAGAGAGGGAGAGAAAGAAGAUGAGGAGAAAUUGGUUGACAAAAGAGAAAUUAAAUGGUAUAAGAAAAGGAGAGAUGAGAAAGGAAAAAAGAGUAAACAGAGAAGAGGUCAUUUCUGUCAAAGGAUUGAGAAAGGGGAGGAUGAAAGAAGGGUUGAACCUCAAAUUAACCGCCAAAAAUUGAGGAAGAAGAUAGGAAAUGAAGGAGAAAGAGGAAGGACAAGAGGGAGGGGAAAUGCCACCUGUCGCCAAUUCAUCAAUAAAUGUAUUUCAAAUAUAGAUAUAUAA